UUGUGCUUUUUAAGUUUCUGUAAGUAUAUUUUUCAAUUUUUUAUUUUCUAGAAAAUAUUUUCAGAACCACCUUGGUUUUUUUUCUUGUGAUUUUCAAUUUUUAUAUUUUUCUGAGGCCUUCCGAAGCCUUUUGAAUCCUCUUCUAGCCUUCUGAAGCCUUCUGAGCCCUUCUGAAGCCUUCUAAAGAUUUCUGAAGCCCACUAGAUGUUUCUGGAGCCUUCUAAAGCCUUUCUGAAGCUUUCUGAAUCCUAUUCUAGCCUUCUGAAGCUCUAUAGAAAUUUCUGAAGCUUUCUGAAGCUCUCUGAAGCCUUCUGAAGCUUUCCGAAGCCCUCUAGAGAUCUCUGAACCUUUCUGAAGCCUUCUGAUGCUUUAUUCUACCUUCUGAAGCCUUCUAGAGAUUUCCGAAGCCUUCUGAAGCCUUCUGAAGUCUCUCAAAGCCCUCUAGGGCCUUCCAGAAGCCCUCUGCAGCCCUCCAAAGCUCUCUAAGGCCUGAAACCUUCAUAACGUGUUUUUUGUGAUAUCUUAUCAAAAAUAAUGUGUGCUCCAAAUUAUUUGCUCCAUUUUUUUUUUUUAGAAAAAUCAUGGGACCACCAUGUUUUUUCUUCUCCAAUCAAAAAAAGCGGUCUAAAUUUAUUGCAUUUUUUUCCGAAUACUAUAAUUUUCCUAGAUUUUCUUUUUCUCACAAUCAGGUUUUAAUCUGAAAGAGCACUACUCCUAUUUUUCAAACAAGGGUAGUCAUUUUUGGCGCGAAAAACGCGAUAAAUUUUGAACUACAGUAUCUUUGAGAACCCUGAAAUUUACCAAUUUUUUCAAUUUUUCGCCACGUCAUUUUCCCCCGCUGACUCAGGAUUUUCUUAUCAAUAUUUUCUCUUCUAGCUGUCAAAUUUCUGCCCAAAAAUGUUCUUUUUUGAAGUGUCAAUCGUCCUUCAGUCAAAAAAAAUGAUAAAAAUCGAAUUAUUUCAGAAGGUUAGAGAGUUAGAGAGCCUAGAGAGGCUAGAGAGCCUAGAGAAAAUUCUCAGCCAUCUGCUCUUUUUUUUUCAUCCUGAUGAAACAUGACAAAAAUAACAUCUGGUGAGAAAAAAUCCGCUUAAUUUCCAUGGAAACUGAAAAAUUGAUACAAUUUCAAUUUCAAUUUCAAUUUCACACAUUUUCCCAUAAUUUUUCCCUAUAAUUUUUUCGUAUUUUUGGAAUAUAGAUAGAAUAUCAAAUUUCAAAAGGUAUAGGUUUUGUUUAUAUUUAUUGAAUUAUUUUUUUUGGAAACGAAUAUUUAUAAACAGAGAGAGAGAGAGAGAUUACUGUAUUUUUUCACGAUUUCUCACGUAGAAAAAGGCUCUUGAAGGCUUUAGAAGACUUCAAGAGAUUCCAGAAGGAUUCAGAAAGCUUCAAAAGGCUUCAGAAGACUCCAAGAGAUUCCAGAAGGCUUCAGAAUCCCCUUUUUCCAUUCUCGUUCCCGAAGAUCAAAUUAAAGUUUAACAAAUUCUGAAUCAGUGGAUUUUCAGAUGUUAAAAUUCAGAAAUUUUAAAUUGAUAACAUUUUUCAUCGGGAUUUGGGCUGAAAAUUAGACUUCUAGGGGUUUCAGAAGGCUUCCGAUGGCUUCAGAAAGCUUCAGGAGGUUUCAGAAAAACUCAGAAGGCUUUAGGAGGCUUUUGAAGGCUUCAGAGGGCUUUAGGAGGCUUUUGAAGGUUUCAGCGGGCUUCAGAAGACUUCAGAAGGUUUCAGAAGGCUUCUGAAGAAUCCAGAAGGCCUCAGAAGGCUUCAGAAGGCUUCAAAAGGCUUCAAAAGGCUUCAGGAGCCUUCAGAAGACCCCUUUUCAUUCCGCUUCCCCAAGACCAAAAAAUCAAAAAAAAGGUAGAAUAAAUUACAGCCAUACGGUACUGCCCAUAUUUUUUUGUCUGUUCUGGCGUCCCCAUAACUUUCCCCAAUUUUUGUUUGUCUUCUUCUUCUCAUUUUACUGAUAACAUAUUAUUUUUAUUAUUUUUCAUUCCCCGUUUGCUAUCAAACCCUUUUUUCUUUUUUCAGGGUACACUAAACAAAAUAAUAUUAUGCGUCUAGUUUUCGUCCUAUUCUUGCUGACCACUUUUCUCAUUUUGGGUACUGUAGAUACGGCUGGCAAAAAGCAGAAGAAGAAUCAGAAACCGACGCCGGAGCCAGUGAGUUUUUUUGUUUCUGACAUAAAAAAUUAUUGAUUUUUUUUGCAGAUUUCUUCUGAAGGUGAAGAAGAUGAAGAUGCGAUUCCUGAGAAAACAUUGGAUGAAAUUAAUGAGGGACAUAUAGGCAAAUAUGAUGUGGGUUUUGGGGAUUUCGGGGGCCUGGGGGCUGGAGGGGGCUUUAGGAGGCUCCGGAAGACGUCAGAAGGCUUCCGAAGGCUUCAGAAAGCUUCAGAAAGCUUCAGAAGGCUUUAAAAGGCUUCGAAGGCUUCACGAGGCUUCAGAAGACUUCAGAAGGCUUCAGAAGCUCUAUGAAACUCUCAGAAACUUUCCUGAGCUUUAGCUUAAAAUCCUCGAAUUAAAAAUCAAAUUUGUAUUGAAAUCUAAAAUUGUGAAUGUGACUAUGAUUUGGGGUACUGUAGAGAAAGGAAAACCAUGUGGAAUUAAAAAAAAAAAAAAAAAACACUGAAUUUCUAAUUGAUACUUAUUUUUGAGGUGAACAUUUUUUGGCCAAAAAAAUUUUGAGAUUCUGUAUUUUUGGAAAAUUUAAAGGAGCCUACAGUAAUCCACAAACUUUUGAAGAAACAUACAAUCUACAGUAACCCCCGCAAAGUUAAAGGAGCAUAGGGUAUCUAGGGUAAUGUAUUCAGGUUUUUCGGAAAUUCUGAAAAUCCACUUGGCAAUUACAGCCACCAGAAGGCUUGAGAGGGCUUCGAAGGGCUUUAGGAAGCUUGAGAAGGCUUUAGAGGGCUUCAGAAGGCUUCAGAACGUUUCAGAAGGCUUCAGAAGGCUUCAGAAAAACUAUAUUUUUCAGAAAAAACCCAAAAAACCCAGUGAAAACGGAGACGAUGAUGAUGAGCGAAUGCUUGAAGCUUGUAGCGGUGAAUCUGAUCAAUUAUGCGUUUGUGAUGUGGACACUAUUGAUUGUAGAAAUGUGAGUUUUUUCUACAGUAGUCCUGGACAGUUUAAAGGAACAUAAUAAAACGUUUAAAGGAACAUAAUGAAAAUUUUCACUUUUCUAGUUAGAUCUGCAGGUGUACCUUUAAACUUGAUAUUUUUAAGCCAGAAGAAUGUUCAAUUGCCUGAUAACCAAAAGGCUGUGACGUAAUACAAAAAAUAAUUGGAAAUUUCCGGAAAUUUUCUGAUUUGGCCAAAAACAUUUUUUUUUCAGGUCGAUUUCGGUCAAGCUAAUUAUGCCCUUCAAACUGCGAAUCUGAAAAUAAUGCAAAAAGAUUUCAAGCCACUGAUUGCUGAUUUUUCCGACAAUAGAAUUGGUACAAAACUUCAUGUUGAUGAAAUUCUGCCGGGAUCUGAAAAAUAUGUCAGUGAGCUGAAAUUCAGUAUUAAUGCGAUUAUCACUAUUGAUCCGAAUGCUUUUGUGAAAUUCACCAAUUUGAGCAAAUUAUAUUUGGAUCAUAAUAGUAUUAAGAAUUUGAAACCGUGAGUUUUUUGCUUUCUGAAGUCUUCUGAAAACUUCUGGAGCUUUCUGAAGCCUUUUGAAGCCCGCAGAAGCUUUUUAAAGGCUUCCAAAGCUCUCUAAAGCCUUCUGAAUCGUUCUGAAGCCUUCUGAAGCUUACUGAAAACUUCUGGAAUCUUGUGAAGCCUCCUGAAGCCUUCUGAAGCCUUCCGAAGCCUUCUGAAGUGUUCUGAAGCCUUCUGAAUCCUUCUGGAGCCUUCCAAAGCUCUCGUAAGCUUUCUGAAUCCUCCUGGAGCCUUCUGGAGCCUUCUGGAGCCUUCUGAAUAUUUCUGGAGCUCCCUGAAGCGUUAUGUAGCCUUCCGAAGCCUUCUGAAGCCUUCUGAAUUCUUCUGAAGCCCUUCUGAAUCCUUCUGAAGCUUUCUGAAGCCUUCUGAAUCUUUCUGAAGUUUUCUGAAGCCUUCUGAAGCCUAACAAUAAAAUCAAUAAAAAAAUAAUUUUUUUUCCAGAGAAUGGUUCGCUCCACUCAGCAAAACUCUUCACAAACUCGACCUCAGCAACAAUCAAUUCACCGAUAUUCCAGACGGAAUGUUUGAAAGUCUGAAAAAUUUGCGCGUCUUGAAUUUGGACAAUAAUCCAUUGAAAUUGAGAAAAGAAAUGUUCCGUGGAUUGGAGAAUUUGGAAGAAUUGAGUUUGGAUGGAUGUCGCAUCACUGAUUUGCCUGGUGAUAUUUUCGAAUAUAUGCCGUGAGUUUUUGGAAAUGGGACUUUUUUUAUAGAAUUUGUUAUUGCUCAUGUUAAAAAAAUCAUCCGAUUUUUUUGAAUCUAAAUAUAAAGGUUAUAUAAUUUUUUAGUUGAAAAAUUCCGAUCUUUCGAAUCUAAAUAUGAUAUUGCUCAGGUUAUAUAAUUUUAGUUUAAACUUGAAAGUUCCGAUCUUUUGAAUCUAAAUAUGAUAUUGCUCAGGUUAUGUGAUUUUUUAGUUGAACAAUUCCGAUCUGUUGAAUCUAAUUAUAGGAUUGCUCAGGUUAUAUAAUUUGUUUGUUGUCGAGAAGUUUCCAAUCUUUUGAAUCUAAAUAUAGUAUUGCUCAGGUUAUAUGAUUUUUUAGUUGAACAAUUCCGAUCUGUUGAAUCUAAUUAUAGGAUUGCUCAGGUUAUAUAAUUUUUUAAUCAAAAGUGUUCCAUGUUUUAAAUUAAAUCUAGCAUUGCUCAGGUUAUAUAAUUUUUUGUUGUUGAGAAGUUUCCGAUUUUUCAAUCUAAAUAUAGGAUUGCUCAGAUUAUGAAAAAAAACACAAUACAAAAUAGUUUAAAGGAACAUGUAGUGCAAAAAAUGAACUUAGGUUAGAUCUGCAGGUUUACUACAGUAAUUUUGUAGCUUAACAGAAUUUUUUUUGGCUGAAAAUUGCAGAAUUUUUUCCAGAAACCUCAAAGGUGUCUCUAUCGCCUACAACAAGUUCACCGAACUUCCCAGAGCUCUCUCAAACAUCAAAAACCUCGCAUCCUUGGAUAUUUCUGGAACUGCAAUUGCUGAAAUUCACGACAACGCCUUCGGAACCAUCAAAAGCCUCGAAGAAAUCUACAUGGAAAAAAUGACAUUCCUCACCGUAAUCCGCGAUUGUGCCUUCUGUGGAUUAGUGAAUCUCAAAAAGGUUUUAGCUGACAACAAUACAAAACUCGUCGAGUUUCAUCCAAAUGCUUUUGGAUUUAUUGAAAGUGAGCCUGGAAUGAAGGUGACACGAUUGGAAGAAUUGGAUAUUAGAGAUUGUAAUAUUAGUGAGAUGAGCCAACAUACGAUGGAUUUUUCGACGCUGAAAAUCUUCAAGUAUGGUGGAAAUCCGUGGAAUUGCACGUGUGAUUUGCAAUUUAUGAUUGGCGAGGAUCAAGUUGGUGGAGAUUAUGAUCAUGUUUUUGCAAAGUGAGUUUAGAGUGAGCUUCAGAAGUCAUCAGGAGGCAUCCGAAGUCUUCAGAAGGCUUCAGGAGGCUUAAGUAGCCUUUCAGAAGGUCUGAGGAGACUUCAGAAGGCUUCAGGAGGCUUCAGAAGGCUUCAGAAGGCUUCAGAAAUCUUCAGAAGGCUUCAGGAGGCUUAAGUAGCCUUUCAGAAGGUCUGAGGAGACUUCAGAAGGCUUCAGGAGGCUUCAGAAGGCUUCAGAAGGCUUCAGAAAUCUUCAGAAUGCUUCAGAAGGCUCCAGAAGGCUUCAGAAGACUCGAGAGGGCUUCAGAAGGCUUCAGGAAACUUCCAAAGGCUUCAGAAGGCUUCAAAAGGCUUUUUGAGAUUUCAGAAGACUUCAGAAGAUAUUUUUGAAUACAAAAUGUAAUUUUUCAAUAUUUUUAAUAACAUGAGCAAUGCUUGAUUUUUUUCUUUUCCAGAAAAUACGAAAUUUUCCAGAAAAUUAAAUCAAAAAAUAAAUUUAACUGGAAUUUUGAUAAAGUUUUUCAGGACUACUGUAACUUUGACUAUAAAAAUUCGACAAAUGAUCUAACAAUUUCAGAAUUAGAUUUUCAACAAAACUUAUUUUUCUGCAAGAUUCUUCAGCUUCUGAGAGCCUAAUGUCCAGUACUUUCAAAAUGAAUUCUCGAAUUUUUUGAAUAACAUGAGCAAUUAGUGAUUUUUAAUUUUUCCAGAAAAUACGAAAUUUUUCAGGAUUACUGUAAUUCAAACAUUUAUUUUUAGAUUUUUAGAUUUUCAGAAAAAAAAUUUCAUUUUUUUUUUGUACACGAUGUUCUAGCUUCUGAGAGCCUCCAGAGCCUUAAGACCCUAAAGAGCCUGGAGAGUUAGCGAAACUCAAAAAAUCCAAAUUUUCCAGAUGCGCUUAUCCAAAAGAACUCAAAGGCAAAACCCUCUACUCCCUCAAAAAAUACCAAGUCUGCGAAGAAACCCGUCAAGCUCACAAAACCUCCAGAAUCCUGAUCAUUUUCGUCCUCUUCCUUCUCGUCAUUUUCGUUUCACUCGGAUGUUUUUUGUUGGUCUCAACUGGAAAAUUGUCGGAUAUGUUGAGAAAAGUUCAAGUUCCAGAAGUUUCCUAUUCGAAUUUGACCGAUCGAUGUGAGGAGAAUAUUAUUAUGGAUGACGAUUUUCAAGCUAGACCGGCUCAAGUUUAG